AGUUUGGUUGUAGCGUUCGUGAGCGUCGGUUGGACGAGAAUAAAAGCUGCGCGCGUCUUCUACAAAAUUCACUCAGGUGUGUGAGUCAAUGCAACUACAACUGUUGGUAACAAAAGCGUCGCUGCUCACGUAAGCCAGCUACAAUGUCACAGAAAUUUAAAUAUCGUGACAAAUUCGAAUGUCUAUCGGGCAUUUUAAUGGUUCUUUUGGUGCUCCAACCGCUGCUGCCUCACAUUGAUGCACAAACGCGGGAUCCGCGAUUCUAUUCGCGUGUCGGUGUCGACUAUCAAUGGCCCAAUCCCGGCGAUCCCGAAUAUAGGACUUACACGUUCAAUGAUCGUCGUUAUGGCCAUUACCAGCCGAAUGGCUAUGGCGCCAAUUAUCCUGGCCGGAAUCCACCUGGACAAUAUCCGCAGGGCAUGCCCAAUGAGGAUCGCUUUCGCUUCGAUCCGAAUGAUCCAAAUGCACGCACCCAAUUUCCGGGCGUCUUGGCCGGCUGGCGAGAGGAUUUGCAGGGCAAACAGAGACGCGAUUCGCUGACAUUGGAACGCGAUGUAUUCGUCACAACGAACUAUGGCCAGGUGCAGGGCUUCAAGGUCUAUAUGUAUGAUAAUCCCGAUCCAAAAUCGUUCUAUCGACCCUACCACUCCACGGUGGAUCGCGUAAUGGGCGAAUGCUCAACAUUUUUGGGCAUACCCUAUGCCCUGCCGCCCACAUUCGAGGGACGCUUUAAGCCGCCCCGGCUCCAUCGGGGCUGGCAGCUGCUCCAGGCGGUGGAUUUUGGACCAGCAUGUCCGCAGCCAGUGCGUUAUACAGGUGCCACCAAAGGUGUGAUGGACAUGGACGAGGAUUGCCUCUAUCUGAAUGUAUAUUCACCCAAGACUGGCGCUGGCGUUGCCCAAAAGUAUCCGGUUAUGGUUUAUCUGCACGGCGGCGAAUUUGUGCGUGGCGCCUCCAAUUUGUUCCAGGGCCAUAUCCUGGCCUCAUUCUAUGAUGUGGUCGUGGUUACGCUUAACUAUCGACUGGGUGCCUUGGGUUUCCUUUCCACAGCGGAUGAGAAUUCGCCGGGCAACUAUGGCAUCUUGGAUCAGGCAAUGGCACUCAAAUGGGUCUACGAUAAUAUUGAGUUCUUCAAUGGGGACCGUGAAUCCAUAACGUUGUUUGGUCCAGGUGCUGGAGCCGCCUCCGCUGGUCUCCUGAUGGUCGCGCCACAGACCCGGAACAUUGUGAAGCGGGUGAUAGCGCAAUCGGGAUCAGCUUUGGCCGAUUGGGCGUUCAUCCAGGACAAAUAUAGAGCGCAGAAUACGAGCCGUGUGCUGGGACAAGUGUUGGGCUGCUCCAUGGAUUCGUCGUGGAAGCUGGUCAACUGUCUGCGCACCGGACGCAGCUUCUAUGAGCUGGGCAAUGCAGAGUUCUCACCGCAGGUCGGCAGCUUCCCUUGGGGUCCGGUGCUGGAUCACAAUUUCACGCUGCCCGGCGACGACUGGUACGAGGGCUGGCGGGAGAAGGAUUGGCGCUUCCUUACACAAACACCCGAGACUCUGAUACGUGCCGGCCGAUUUAAUCGGAAUAUUCAGUAUAUGACGGGCGUCACCACGCAGGAGGCCGCCUUCUUUGUCGCCCAGAACGAAUCGCUGGCGCCGUAUUAUGAGCUGGAUGGUCGCUUCUUCGAGCAGAAGGUGCGGGAGCAUGUCUUCCGCUACAACUACACCCUCAAUCCCAAUGGCGUCUACGAGGCCAUCAAGUACAUGUACACCUUCUGGCCGGAUCCCAACAACAAUACCAUCAUACGCGAUCAGUACAUCAACAUGUUGAGCGAUCUCUACUAUCGGGCGCCAGUUGAUCAAAUGGUCAAGCUGCUGCUCGAGCAAAAGGUGCCCGUCUUUAUGUAUGUGCUAAACACAACUGUGGAGGCACUAAAUUUGCCCCAGUGGCGCAAAUAUCCACACGAUACGGAGCAUUACUUUUUGACUGGUGCCCCCUUUAUGGAUACGGAAUUCUUUCCCAAGAAGGAGCAUCUGCAACGCAACAUGUGGACGGACAACGAUCGCAAUAUGAGUCACUUCUUUAUGCAGACCUAUUCAAACUUUGCCAGAUACGGCAAUCCGACGCCACAGCAAGUACUGGGAAUGCAUUUCCAGCGUGCCUAUCAGGGAGAGAUUCGUUACCUGAACAUCAAUACCACAUACAACUCCUCCAUAUUGCUGAACUAUCGGCAAACGGAGAGCGCCUUCUGGACACAAUACUUGCCAACAGUUAUUGGUGUUCUAGUGCCGACAUAUCCGCCGACCACAGAGUACUGGUGGGAGCCCAAGGAGCCAUUGCAGAUUGCCUUCUGGAGCAUGUCGGUUGCGUGCUUCUUUCUCAUCGUGCUCGUCGUCAUCUGUUGCAUUAUGUGGCGCAAUGCGAAGCGGCAAUCGGAUCGAUUCUAUGACGAGGAUGUUUUCAUCAAUGGCGAGGGCAUGGAACCCGAGCCAGAUCCACGUGGAGUGGACAAUGCGCACAUGGUGACCAAUCAUCAUGCGAUGCGCUCGCGGGACAACAUCUACGAGUACAGGGACUCGCCAUCGACUAAAACGCUGGCCAGCAAAGUACACACGGAUACCACAUCGCUGCGCUCGCCCAGCUCUCUGGCCAUGACUCAAAAGUCGAGCAGUCAGGCCUCCAUUAAGUCGGGCAUCUCGCUCAAGGAGACCAACGGCAGUCUGGUCAAAUCGGAACGUGCCGCAACGCCGCGCUCCCAGGUGAAUGGAACGGUGUCGAGCAAAGCACCGCCCGUCGAAGAGAAGCGACUGCUGCAGCCCAUCUCGAGUACGCCGGUGGCACAGCUGCAGUCAGAGCCAACGAAGCGAACACCAACCGCCAGCAGUGUGGCGAGCAGCAGUCGGAGCACUACACCAGUACCCUCGGCACGCACCACAACGACGACGGCGACGCUGACAACGCAGCCGGCUGCCCAGCCACGACGCACGCAGCUGGUGGAGGGGGUGCCACAGACGUCUGUCUAAGUAACCGCUCUCUAAGUGCGCGAUGCGCUUAGGGAGUGAUCCGCAUAAGCCUCGGAAAUGAACAACAAUCAUUUAGCCAAGCAUUUAAAUUGGGCUCCGUUAUGCUGGAGGACAUCUGCCUUACUUGUUGGCAUUCCAGGAGCGCCCGCAACGUUCGGUUCUUUUUAAGUUGUUUAAUUUCCCUAGUUUUACAUUUAGUAUUUAUAAUUUGUGUCUACACAGAUCUAAGAGAUCUCUAGAGUCCCUAAGUGUAACUAACUUUAUUUGUAAAAAAAAAAAAAAAGAACUUUUUUUUCAAUUUUAUUUUGUAAGUUUGAAAACCCAACGAAUACGAAUCCAUAUCAAUGACAUUCCAUAGAAUAGUUUGCGCCUUUUUGGCAUUGACACGCCUCUUUUUGAGGCGAGGCCUUUGCGUGUAUAUAUACAUAUAUUAAAAUAUCUACGUUAAGUUAGUGAUUUUAAAAUUCAAACUAAUUUUUGUAUUCUGUAAAAAACGAUUUUUAGCCCGCUGACUUUCGAUCAACUGAUUAGGAAAAGUUAUAAAAUAAU